AUGGACGUCGGUCACGAGAUGCCGCCUAGUCGCGCGAUUCCAUUGAUGGUGGCCAGUGCUAACGCCGGGGAUGUGAACACACCCACGUCACUAGUGCCGGGGGAGCAGAUUCGCGCUGAGACGGUACAAGUUCCGCGAUCGCCCCAACUCCAGAUCUCGUCCUUACCCAGCAACGGAUGCAAUCCCGAGUUCCAUGCUACAGGCAAGUUGAGGAGGCGCUCUGUUGAAUCGUCUGAGCACUGCAGCGAGACAUCGGCAGAUAGUCAAAGACUAGAAUUCUCGUCUGCGAGCAACUUCAUAGACAACAAUUCCAACAUUCCUCCCUCGUCAAUGAAUGAUUCCAAUCGAUCUAUGGAAUUCAACAACUCGCUGUCUUCAAAGGAGAUUCCGCAUUCAACAAAGACGGAGCAGAACACGGUGAAAUAUCAGGAAGUUUUGGACACUCCACAGACGAAUGGAAAUGGGGUAGUAGAUAUCUCGCAACCCCCGCUCAAGUUGGAAAGGAAUGAUGAAGACACGCUGCCUCCUCUUCGGUCUCCGAAAUAUUCCAGCUCGCGAUCUGGAAACAGCAGCCAGUUUAUUCCAGGACAUAAAAGGACAGCAACAGGGGACAUAAAGCUCGUUUCCUCGCAUCAUGCGGCUCCUCUUUUAUCAGAUACCAAUGGAGUUUCGCGACGUCGUUCGAAGAGUACGGGCUCCUCGGCAUAUGGAAGUAGAAUUGCUCAGUUGUCUGUUCAUAUUCGCACACGGCUGUCAUAUGCAGCAGCCAAAAUAGAGAAAUCCCGCCAGUCACAAACUACAUCUGAACUUGCCCUUCGUGGCUUGGACAACUUAUCAUCGAAAUAUAACUCAAACAGCAUUGCAUCGACUCUAGGACCAACUCCAACAUCCCAUCCCCAGCACAUUACAAAUGCAUCAUCAUCAUCAACUAAUACUCCUCGCCCACUUUUAUCCCAUCACCGUUCACACUCGGCAAUCUCGUCGCCUGGCAAAUUUCUUCAAUUUCCCAAAUUAGCACCACCGGUCGAUAUUAUCUCUUCAAGUGGAGAAACGCCGCGGCGGCGACCAAAUCCCAAUAUCGGAACAAUGAAAUCAUUUGAUCGCAGUCCAUAUGCCCGGCACCGACGACAUCAUUCUACUCAGGAAGCCUCGUUCAGCCAACCAACACAUGGCCCACCCACCGUUCUAGGGCCAGGGACACCGCACAUCCCUCCGUCUUCGCGUGCAGCUACAUCAUCUCAAGAUAACUUUCAUCGGCCACGAACCCAGUCGCAAAACACAUUAAUGGAGCAAGACGCAAUCGAAACCCUUCUCUUCAUGUCUAGCCCUGAAAACUCCGGGUACCGCUCUAGCCCUCGACCGUUGCAGCCUCCAACUUCCCAACGGAGUUUGAAUGAAUCAAUUCACUCCAACAGCGAAGGGCUUGUCACUCAUCAAAGCCAGGGCUCGCAAAGCAAUGGCUCCCAGGAAAGUUUCCAUUUCAAAUCGAAGAGCCUCGGCCUUGGGCUCGAAGCUCACGCUGGAGAUGAAAUCGAUCGUAUCCUGGACCAGAUGGAAAGCGACAGUGAAGAUGAUGCUCGAUUUGCAUCGCAUCGGCUCAGUGUCAAAGCACCAUUUCGUGGGCAAAAUGGGCAUCCAAAGUGA